AUGGCUGCCGUCCAGCACCUCGCCGUCCUCGGCCGGGACGUCGCCGCCGCCGCCCUCGCGCAGCCGCCCUCGCAGUGGUGCCAGGCCUUCUUCCUCGGCGCCGCUGCCGGCAUCGCCGCCCUGAACGCGCUCCCAGCCUCCCUGCGCGGCCUCGUCAUCGACUACGGCGCGCGGGCGGGCACCACCACCGCCCGGCUGCGCUCCGGCUGGACGGCGCGGAUGGUCGGCGCCGCCACGCGUGCCGGUCAGAUCCCGCACUCCUGGUUCUGCCACUUUUACAUGCUGUCGGUCGCGGCGUCGGCGUUUUGGGCGUGGCAGUUCCUGGGGAGGGGCGGCGUGAUGCGCGCGCUGGCGACGAGGCAAGGAGGAGACGCAGUGUCCGGAGACGACGCCGAGGCGGUCAACAGGGCGCUGGGGCGGGUGUUCGCGGCGUGGCUCAUGAUGGCGCUGCAGGGCGCGAGGAGGCUGUACGAGAGCCUGCUCGUGAUGAGGACGGGCUCGGGUUCGACGAUGUGGUUCGUGCACUGGGUGAUGGGGCUGGCCUUUUACGCGGUCAUGAGCAUCGGCGUCUGGAUUGAGGGUUCCGGGGCUGUUCUAGAUGCUAUCCUCGCGGCCUGGGCGACGCAAGACCCCUCGCGCAUCCUCUCAUCGCGCGUGCCCGCCGCCCUGGCCGUCUACUUCUGGGCCUGGGUCAAGCAGAACGAGUGCCACGCGCACCUUGCCAGCCUGAAGAAGUACACCCUCCCGACCGCGGGGCUAUUCCGGUUCCUCGUCUGUCCGCACUACACCUGCGAGUGCCUCAUCUACCUAACGAUUGCGUUCGUGGCCGCGCCGACGGGUCGCUGGUUCAGCGGGCCUGUCAUCUGCGGGUUGGUCUUCGUGGCGGCCAACUUGGGGACGACGGCGAUUGGAACGCGGCGAUGGUAUGCGGAAAAGUUUGGUGCGGAAGCGGUGGCAUCGCGCUGGACCAUGAUACCCCUUGUAUUUUAG